GUCCCUCGGAGGUCUAAGUCGUGAAUUGCUGAAAACGGAAAAAUGCCUCCGACAGCGUCGAGUUCACGACGGCGAAUUGAAAGCCUGGCACAGUGCUCAUGAGUCUAGAAUCCCGUCGUGACCCAGACGGAUGGGGACGGAGAAUGGCAUCCUUAGGCGGUUCACAGAGUGGUCUCCUGCAGAUGCACAAAAAGUCAUAAGCUGAGAGUGGCUCGGCGCAAAUCAACGUUCGCGUCUUCCAUCUGAAUUCAAUCCAGCUCGACAUCAAACAUGACAAUUGGAAAGCACUUCAUCAACGACACCGACAACCUUGUCGUGCGGCUGCUGCGAAGCCUGCUUGUACACGACAAGUCUCUGCGUUUGAUACCAGAAAAGAAAGUUCUGUAUCGGCAACUGCGCACUGGCGAGCGGAAAGUCAUCGUGGUUUCAGGAGGAGGCUCCGGCCACGAGCCAGCGCAUGCGGGCUUUGUCGGAGAGGGCAUGCUCGACGUCGCCAUUGCUGGCAACAUAUUUGCGUCGCCUUCUGCACCGCAAAUCUUGGCUGGCAUCCGGGCUAUCGAUGCGCCGCUUGGAGUCCUCUUCAUAACCAAGAAUUACACGGGUGAUAAGCUCAACUUCGGUCUUGCAGCAGAACAAACCAAGGCAGAGGGGCGAGACGUCCGCAUCGUGUUCGUCCAGGACGAUGUGUCCAUCAACGGUAACGAAUUGGUGGGCCGGCGAGGACUGGCUGGGACCGUGUUCGUGCACAAGAUUGCAGGCGCAGCUGCAGCUAAAGGCCUGAGCCUUGAUGAGGUCACACGCGUCGCUCAGAAGACUGCAGAUUCGCUCUCAACCGUGGCUGUGAGCCUCGACCGAUGCAGUGUACCUCAACGGGCAGACCAGCUCGGGCUCGAUCCUGAUACUGUUGAAUACGGCAUGGCUAAGUCCUCAUGAAUACAAAGCACUUCGGAUCCUAUCCGCGUCAGUUACUGAUGCGCCGGUCCGGAUAUAGGCAUUCAUAAUGAACCUGGGGCGGAGCGUGGAAAACUCACUUCGCUGAACGAAACCGUGACCAAGUUGCUUAGCAUGCUGUUACCAACACGCAAC